UUUCUUUCUCUUAUCUCUCUCUCUCUCUCUCUCCCCUUCUCUUUCUCUCUCUAACUACUACAUCAAAGAAACUCUCCAAUAUUGUUCAGCUAGCUAAGCUAGCGGCGCAUUUUAUCAGAGAGCAAAAACAACGCAAGUACUAUGUUAUUAUGUGUAUGUGGCGCACGUUAGCAUAACAAACAAACCCGUACUAGCUACUUAUAAGGCUUAGUUUUGUCAGAAAGACGUCUUUGUUUGAGCAUGAGAGAUCACUAUAGCUAGAGUACUAAUUCUUUCUAAUAACCUCAACAGUUCACAGUCCCACUACCUUUUCUGCUUUUUUUUUUUUUAAUCUUUUUUGCUUGAAAAUAUAUAGCACUUUAGUAGCCAAUUAUACACCCCAAGGAGCUAAAAUAAUUUUUUGAAAUAAAAAAAGAAGUUUUAGUUGUGUGACAUGAAUCGAACACUGCCGGAGAUGUUGCACUGCCUGAAUUCAGUGGGGAAUCUCCUCGCCGGAAACUGUACGGACAUGACGGUUUUGGACAGGCAGAGAGCCCGUUUGAAGUGGCAACAAGAACAGCUUCAACAAGAAGAACAACAACAACAGCAAGAUGGAUAUUUUAAUGGAAGUGAUCAGCUUAAUGGGAUUUUCUUUAAUCCUGCUCAGGCGGGUCAAUUUCCGGGUUUUCAGGGUUUGGUCGGCGGCGUGUCGGUUAUUGGAGAUACGACGGCGAAUCGGCCGGUCAAGCCCGACCCGAGUUUGGAAAAUGGGUGGUCGGAGCUGGACAGGUUCGAGAUGUCCGGGAUUGGAUUCGGCUCGUCGGCAACGGGGUUGGCCAACGGUCCCGGGUUUCAGAUGACCGGUGCCAUUUCUCGGACCUCGAGCAGCCCGCCGACGGUGGCUCCGCUCACGCCGGAGGUUAAAAGCAGAGAAUCUUUUUCGCCGGAGAAAACUAGCUCCGCCGCAGGUAGAGAGAGCUUCAAGAAGAGGAAGGCUGAUAAAGUGAAUAACACAAAGGGUGUCCAGGAAGAUGAUUCAAGAGAGAAAAGGGCGAAAGGAAGCGCAGAGGAAGGAGAUUCAAAGAUCACAGAGCAAAAUAGCCCAAAAAAUAAUAAUACAAACGCAAACAACAGAGAAUCAUCUGCUGAUACUUCCAAGGAGAAUUCAAAGGCCUCUGAGGUUCAAAAGCCUGAUUAUAUCCAUGUCAGGGCAAGAAGAGGCCAAGCCACUGAUAGCCAUAGCUUAGCUGAAAGAGUAAGAAGAGAGAAAAUUAGUGAGAGAAUGAAGUAUCUGCAGGAUUUAGUACCAGGGUGUAACAAGAUCACUGGCAAAGCUGGAAUGCUUGAUGAAAUUAUUAAUUACGUUCAAUCUCUUCAACGCCAAGUAGAGUUCUUGUCCAUGAAACUAGCUGCUGUGAACCCUAGGCUUGACUUCAACAUAGACGACUUGUUUGCAAAAGAGAUGUUUCCUGCUUGCGCCGGCGCCGGUGGUUUUCAGACGCUCGGGAUGUCAGCGGAGAUGUCGAAUUCUCCUUAUCUCCAGUUCAAUCCGGCGCAGCAAGUGGUUUCAUGUGGUGGAUUGGAAAUGGGGAUGAAUUCUCAUGACAUGGGACUUAGAAGAACAAUUAGUGCCCCUGUUUCAAUCCCUGAGACAUUUCUUGACACAUCUUGCUAUACUCAAAUCCAGCCACCAACAACUUGGGAUUCAGAAUUGCAAAACCUUUAUAGUACGGAAUUUAAUCAAGGAAGAUCAUCAAUACCCUUUUCAUCCCAGCCAUUUACAGGUUCUAUUGAAGCUAGCAAUCUAAAGAUGGAGAUGUGAAUCAGAUUUCAUUGCACGAUUUCUUAGAAUGAGUUCACUCCAAAUGCCUUUGAUCCAAGAAAAUUAUUCAUUUUCUAAGUACAUAACAUAUAAAUAUUUGUAUGUAUACUUGCGAUGUAGUAAUGAAUAAAAUGAAUAAUACCCAUUGAC